AUGAAAGAACCAUACGUAGUUUCCUAUGACAGUAGGGAUGGUAUCGACCCACGAUGUGGGGAAUCGAAAGAAGAAGAAGAUGAACUAGAGAAAGUUUUAGAAAUGAGCCUUCAAGAUGAACGACAGAAACACAAUUCAAUAGAUUUAGAGGAAGGUGAUAAAGAAUUGGCUAAACUAACGGAAGAUGAAAGAAUUGAUCUGGCAAUACAGCAGAGUUUAUUACAAGCCGAACGUGACUUAAUGUAUCAGGAUGAAUCAUUUCAAUCUAACUCUAGUCAGGACGUUGAUUUACGAUGUCAAGAAGACAAAGAAAAUUUGUUUGGUGAAAAAGAUAAUUUUUUGUUGUCGGCAGAAAAUGGUGCUCAUCAACCUUCAGACUACUGUAGUGAGAAAUUUUAUACAGAGAAUAAUUGGAGUUGUAGUAAUUUUCGAUUAGUUAGUAUAGUUAAUCAUAUUGGGUCAUCGUCUGAAACAGAGUUAUAUCAUGAUAAACAUGUUAUAAUAGAGUUAUAUCAUGAUAAACAUGUUACAAUAGAGUUAUAUCAUGGUAAACAUGUUAUAAUAGAGUUAUAUCAUGAUAAACAUGUUAUGAUAAAGUUAUAUCAUGAUAAACAUGUUAUAAUAGAGUUAUAUCAUGAUAAACAUGUUAUGAUAAAGUUAUAUCAUGAUAAACAAGUUAUAAUAGAGUUAUAUCAUGAUAAACAAGUUAUAAUAGAGUUAUAUCACGAUAAACAUGUUAUAAUAGAGUUAUAUCAUAAUAACCAUGUUAUAAUAAAGUUAUAUCAUAAUAAACAUGUUAUAAUAGAGUUAUAUCAUAAUAAACAUGUUAUUUUAGAGUUAUAUCAUGAUAAACAUGUUAUUUUAGAGUUAUAUCAUGAUAAACAUGUUAUAAUAGAGUUAUAUCAUAAUAACCAUGUUAUGAUAAAGUUAUAUCAUGAUAAACAAGUUAUAAUAGAGUUAUAUCAUGAUAAACAUGUUAUAAUAGAGUUAUAUCAUAAUAAACAUGUUACAAUAGAGUUAUAUCAUAAUAAACAUGUUAUAAUAGAGUUAUAUCAUGAUAAACAUGUUAUAAUAGAGUUAUAUCAUAAUAACAUGUUAUAA